AUGCAGCUGUUGUGGAUGAGGCAAGAAAAGAGCGGCGAACAACAGGGAAAGUGGCAUUCCCUUAUCUACCCCGCAGGAAGACCUCAUUUCCGCGAAGCGAUCACUUAUUGUGAAAGGCAUCGUCGCUGUGCAGAUUCUUCUUCCUUCCUUCCUUCACUCUCAGGUGGCUGCAGGCGUCUAAUUUCAAUGAGCGAAGUCAUUCGUUGCCUAUGUGAUCUCAACUCACUGAGGAGCAGAAGCAGCAACAGUAUCAAGAAUUGCAAAAGGCCAAUCGUUGCGGGACAAUUGUGGAUGAAGACGAGUUGA